CUAAGUGGUCCCCCUUUUGGUCCCUUUGGGUUUCCUAAGAGGUCCAAAAAGGUGGUCCUUCUUGGUUGACCUUGCAGGUUCUCUUCACCUGACCUUCUUGCACAAAAGCCGUUGAGUGUCCAAAAAACUGAAAGAAAGGGUGCUGUUUUCAUUCCUGGGCUUCCAACAAUCCGAACUGCUUCCGCUGGAUCUUUUUCUGGGCGCUUCCUGGUUCUGUUGUUGAUUUGGUAUUUGGUUUGUUUGGCGAUGAUUCCGGUGACUCCUUGGUAUUUUAUGGGCUUUGCUGGGUGUUUUGGCUUGUGGCUGGCUAGCCUGUUCUUUAUGCCAUUUGCAAGCAUCACUUCCGCGAUUGGCUCUUCGUCAUGCUUGCCCUCUGGGCGCAACAUGCCCGUCCCCUCAAAAGCAAAAACCGAACAAGGACCAGCACCCAAACCACGAAAAACUUGUGUUUGCCGAAGGAGGCCACGCACAAAAGGCCAAGCCACAAAUCUGUUCUGGAGGCAUCAUUGUUUUGGUGCGACGCUACUGGGGUGGAGGCCAUUCCUAGAAACGAUGCUGACUGGACAAGUCCUAGUCCAUUGGGAUUUGCUUGGCACGGUACUUGGGGAGAAGAACACCUUAUUCCGAUGUGAGCUGAAGACUGGUACAGUUCUGGUGGGCUUAAUGAUUCCACAAGAUCUUGUGGCGUGCAUUCGCCAAAGACUGCUGGAUCGUACAGCAGAUUCCUCUGACGAGUCCACUGCAGAGCGGCCGCGGCAGCCUCGUCCCAUCGACACACUCGAGUUGUCUGACGGAAUCUCUGCGCUGGCUGAAAGAUCAGACAUCAUGAGACAAACCCGAAGCAAAAGAUACACAAGAUACACCAAAAGCACGGGCCUUCACCCUUGGCGCUCUCAAAAUAGAUCUCAAAAGCAAGCAAAUGGCCGCCAUUGCUAAGAAUUCCUACCUUUCCGCCUUUCUGUCGCAUCGGCCGGACGCUUCGCGUGAACGAACGGUCGUUCCAAGGAGAGAGCGAUUCCGUGUUGAGUGAUGAUGUACAGUGCGAUGCACCACGGAUGACACCGUCUGGACCGCCCCAAAAGCGAAGACGAGUUGUGACAAGCCUGGUGUUGUCCAGCAGCGAAGAGUGAGAAAAGGCUUAGAGGGCCGCCAGAAAGGGGGAAUUAGCAAGAAAGGGCCUGAAAGGGUCUAAAAGGAUUC